CUACACGCUGAUCGGUCUGGAUCGGAAACCGUGCAUCAAAGUCACCAUGGGAGCAGAGUACAUCGUGGUCCAGAAGAAGACCUGGUACUACAGCUUGGACCCGUCCAGGGUCAGGACCGGCGGCUACUGUGGCAAAGUAGUUGCUGUUCUCUCUCUGAUGCUGCCGAACAACGCCGCCAGUCUGCAGCUCUACUUCAGAAAGGAAAAGAAUGUUUUCUAUGUCACCAAGGUGACGGCUCACCUGGCUCCUCUGCCUGUUUGCCAAAAAUGCUCCAAUAAGACGUACUCUGGCCUGUUGGACCACGACAAGUUGUUCCAAGCAGACAACGGUCGCAGCUUCGCGUGCAAAUCUGAGAGUUUGCUUUUGAUGUCGUCCGAGCUGAAGAUCAAACUGGUCCCUCUGCAGUUUCAGGCCUUCACUCUGACCAACGGACGCUUUGGAAAAGAGGUGGAGUGCUGGGCUGACUACAACAAGCGAGUGAUUCCCAUCGUCAUCGGGGCCACGGUGCUGUGCAUCAUCCUGAUCGCUGUGCUGACCUUCCUCCUUCUCAAAGACCGCAACAGACAAGGCUACGACAGCCUCUGAGAAAUCUCCUCCUCCUCCGUUUGUGUUUUCUCCUUGUAACCGGUGUGAACCUGAAUUUACAUUUGGAUUAAAUGUGUCUUUAAUUUCAGAGAUGACUUUAUUUCAGUUUGGUUUCAUUUUCUGAUUUGUUUGUAUUUUAA